AUGGUCAAGCUUCAGAUUUCCGUCGCGCUUGUUUCUGCCAGCUUGGCUCUGGCCGCUGUUCCUGUUAGACAGCAAUGUGGAGGAGCCAAUUGGAAAGGCUCGACCGAAUGUAUCGAUGGAGAGGUCUGCGUUAAAUUGAACGAAGAAUACUCCCAAUGUCAACGUGCGGUUGAACCCCCGAUCUGGCUCACGAGCCUCACUCGCAUCGAGCCCGAGCCCACUUGGACUCCUCGCGCUCGAGAGGCCGAAGCUGAUGGCAUUAUCCUCACCAGCUUGACCCGCAUCGACGUCAAGCCAACCUGGACUCCUCGCCCACGCGAAGCUGAGGCUGACACCAUCAUCAUCACUAGCCUCACCCGCACUGAGGUUAAGCCCACCGCGACCCCUCGUCCGCCCAAGCCUCAACCCCCCAAGCCACCCGUCAUUCCUCGCCCACCUCCCCCUGUUGUGAUCACCAGUCUCACGAGGAUCACGCCCAAGCCUUCGCCCACACCCAGGCCUCCUAAGCCGCAUGAGGCCCGCGAAGCUGAGGCCGAUGGGAUCAUCCUCACGAGCUUGACUCGCAUUGAUGUUAAGCCUACCUGGACUCCCCGCCCUCGAGAGGCCGAGGCCGAGGCUGACACCAUCAUCCUUACCAGCCUCACGCGUACUGAGGUUAAGCCCUCUUUGACUCUUACUCGCAUCGAGCCCAAGCCAACAUGGACUCCCCGUCCCCGCGAGGCGGAGCCCGACACUAUUAUUCUUACCAGCCUGACCCGCAGUGACGUUAAGCCUACCUGGACCCUCACCCGCAUCGAACCCAAGCCCAGACCCACACCCAGGCCUCCUGUUAAGCCCCAUGAGGCGCGCGAUGCUGCAGCCGACGCUGACGGGAUCAUCCUCACCAGCUUGACCCGCAUCGACGUUAAGCCGACUUUCGUUCCACGCCCUCAAGAGGAGGAAGAGGUUGAAGCUGCCAACACCAUCAUCCUCACCAGCCUCACCCGCAUUGAGCCUAAGCCUACUUGGACUCCCCGUGCGCGAGAGGUCCCUCCGAUUCCCCCUCUCCCUCCUAUUCCCCCCAAGCCCGCACCUCCUGUCAUCACCACCGGCUCCCUCACUCGAAUCACUGUCAAGCCGACUCUGACUGUUCCCCGCACCACCGUCAAGCCCACUUUGACUGUCCCUCGAACCACCGUCAAGCCGACCUACACUCCUCGUCCUUGA